CGCAGCGAGCAGAGAGCCUGGAGUAGACGAUAAUAGUCUCUCUCUCUCUCGGCGAUGCAGAGACUUGCGAAAUCCCGGGGGAAACCGAAGCUCCAGGCCUGAGAGAAGAAGAAGAAGGAGAUAAUAAAGCAAAGAAAAUGGAGAAGCAUCUUGUAUCGCCCAGGCGAGCUCUCGUUCUUACCUUGCCGCUGCUUCCUUCAUCGAGAUUUUCAAGGAUUUCGGUGGCGUUCGCUUCAUGUAAAGGUUCUUCGGAGAGACUUAUGCGCGUUCCUCGGUUCAGUGGGAAGUUGGGAGUCGUUGGUUGCUCUCAGAAUCACAGACCACAACAGGAUCUCUCUCAUAUAUGGCAGACAUCGAAAAGAGAUAUCGAGUUGACGUCCUCUUUCUUGAAAAGAAAUAAAGAAUUUAUGAAGAGUUUACUGCCUGAUAUCGACUUGGAGAUUGGUAGAAAACCAUCAUUUUGGACAUCUGCUCUAUCCUAUGGAGUGAUAGCCUGGUUAAGUUCUGGUCAAGCUGCACAUUCAAGGGAAGAAGAUGCUGUAAAUAUGGUUUAUGAGAUUGGUGAACUUUUUGAAUUGGGGAUCCAGCUUAUUUACCUGCUUAUUUUAUUAGGACUGCUUGGAGUAGGAAGCUUCUUUGUUAUUCGACAGGUCCUUGUCCGCAGAGAGCUUGAUCUUUCUGCUAAAGAGUUACAGGAGCAAGUCCGGAGUGGUGAUGCUACUGCCACUGAAUAUUUUGAACUUGGUGCGGUAAUGUUGAGGAGGAAAUUUUAUCCUGCUGCUACAAAGUACUUACAGCAAGCGAUUGAGAAAUGGGAUGGGGAUGUCCAGGAUCUUGCUCAGGUACAUAAUGCACUUGGGGUCAGCUACUCUCGUGAUGGUAAACUUGAGAAGGGUGUUGCUCAGUUCGAGAAAGCUGUAAAACUUCAACCUGGCUAUGUCACAGCAUGGAACAACUUAGGGGAUGCGUAUGAGAAGAAGAAAGAUCUAAAGGCUGCUCUCAAGGCAUUUGAGGAAGCUCUUCUCUUUGAUCCAAAUAACAAGGUAGCACGGCCUCGGAGGGAUGCCCUCAGGGAUCGGGUACAACUAUAUAAGGGUGUGCCGGUGAAAUCAGAUGAAAGGUGACGAGCACAGCUGCUGUUGUCCUCAAUUAUUUUUUGGCAUGGUGAUGGAGCAAGCUGAGCAUGUUAGUUCUGCAUUUUUCGUUGCAGCUCACCAUUGUGACCAGUAACUAGUUUUUGGUGCUACGCUUUGUUUCAUUUUUGACAAUGUAUCUGGGUUGCUCCCCAUCAAUCUUGUGUUGCCUUUGUUCCAAGUGGGUAUAAUGCUGAUCAAAGUUUUUGAAUA